AUGCUUUGGAGCGAGUGUUUAAUACUCGUAAACAACAAAGCCUUAGAGAAAGAAAAUGACUUUGCCAGAAAAGUUAGAAUAGCCCUCUACAAAAAGGUGUUUUAUGGGUAUGCUGCUAUAAGGAAUCUUUCACCCGCGAUAGAAUCUGGCAAAAAACUUUUAGUCCUACUUCGUAAUUGUAAGAAAAAGAAAGAAGAAGGUGAGACAACCUCAAUGCUAGCAACAUUGUACUACCGAAAACGUGAAUACAAGGAAGCAGAAGCAUUCCUCAAAAGAGCACUUACCAUCAAGACAGAAUUUGGUGACAAAGACGGAGAAGCGUCAUGCUACAUAAACCUGGGAGCCGUCUCUCAAUCUGUCGGAGAAUAUCCCAAGGCUGAAAAAUAUCUUCGUAAAGCACUUACCAUUACGACAGAAAUUGGUGACAGAGAUGGAGAAGCGACAUGCUACGGAACCCUAGGAGCUGUCUUUCAAUCUGUCGGAGAAUAUGCCAAGGCUGAACAAUGUUUUCAUAAAGCACUUACCAUCAAGGCAGAAAUUGGCGACAAAGACGGAGAAGCUUCAUGCUACGGAAACCUAGGAAGGGUGUUUCAAUCUGUCGGAAAAUAUGCUAAGGCUGAAGAAUAUCUUCAUAAAGCACUUACCAUCAAGAUAGAAAUUGGCGACAAACACGGAGAAGCGUCAUGUUACGUAAACCUGGGAGUUGUCUCUCAAUCUGUCGGAGAAUACGCCAAGGCUGAAGAAUAUCUUCAUAAAGCACUUACCAUCAGCGUAGAAAUUAGCGACAAACACGGAGAAGCGACAUGCUUCAUAAACCUGGGAGCCGUCUCUCAAUCUGCCGGAGAAUAUCCCAAGGCCGAAAAAUAUCUUCGUAAAGCACUUACCAUCACGACAGAAAUUGGUAACCGACAUGGAGAAGCGACAUGCUACGGAACCCUAGGAGCUGUCUUUCAAUCUGUCAGAGAAUAUGCCAAGGCUGAACAAUGUCUUCAUAAAGCACUUACCAUCAAGGCAGAUAUUGGCGACAAGGACGGAGAAGCUUCAUGCUACGGAAACCUAGGAAGGGUGUUUCAAUCUGUCGGAAAAUAUGCUAAGGCUGAGGAAUAUCUUCAUAAAGCACUUACCAUCAAGAUAGAAAUUGGCGACAAACACGGAGAAGCGUCAUGUUACGUAAACCUGGGAGCCUUCUCUCAAUCUGUCGGAGAAUACGCCAAGGCUGAAGAAUAUCUUCAUAAAGCACUUACCAUCAGCGUAGAAAUUAGCGACAAACACGGAGAAGCGAGAUGCUGCAUAAACCUGGGAGCCUUCUCUCAAUCUGUCGGAGAAUAUCCCAAGGCUGAAAAAUAUCUUCGUAAAGCACUUACCAUCACGACAGAAACUGGUGACAGACAUGGAGAAGCGACAUGCUACGGAACCCUAGGAGCUGUCUUUCAAUCUGUCGGAGAAUAUGCCAAGGCUGAACAAUGUUUUCAUAAAGCACUUAACAUCAAGGCAGAUAUUGGCGACAAAGACGGAGAAGCUUCAUGCUAUGGAAACCUAGGAAGGGUGUUUCAAUCUGUCGGAAAAUAUGCUAAGGCUGAAGAAUAUCUUCAUAAAGCACUUACCAUCAAGACAGAAAUUGGCGACAAAGUCGGAAAAGCGUCAUGCUACAUCAACCUGGGAGCCUUCUCUCAAUCUGUCGGAGAAUAUGCCAAGGCUGAAGAAUAUCUUCAUAAAGCACUUACCAUCAAGACAGAAAUUGGCGACAAAGACGGAGAAGCGUCAUGCUACAUAAACCUGGGAGCUGUCCUUCAAUCUCUCAGGGAAUAUAGCAAGGCUGAAGAAUAUCUUCAUAAAGCACUUACCAUCAAGACAGAAACUGGCGACAAAGACGGACAAGCGACAUGCUACAUAAUCUUGGGAGCCGUCACUCAAUCUGUCGGAGAAUAUGCCAAGGCUGAAGAACAUCUUCAUAAAGCACUUACCAUCAAGACAGACACUGGCGACAAAGACGGACAAGCGACAUGCUACAUAAACUUGGGAGCCGUCACUCAAUCUGUUGGACGAUAUGCCAAGGCUGAAGAACAUCUUCAUAAAGCACUUACCAUCAAGACAGAAACUGGCGACAAAGACGGACAAGCGAUAUGCUACAUAAACUUGGGAGCCGUCUCUCAAUCUGUCGGAGAAUAUGCCAAGGCUGAAGAGCAUCUUCAUAAAGCACUUACCAUCAAGACAGAAACUGGCGACAAAGACGGACAAGCGACAUGCUACAUAAACUUGGGAGCCGUCUCUCAAUCUGUCGGAGAAUAUGCCAAGGCUGAAGAGCAUCUUCAUAAAGCACUUACCAUCAAGACAGAAACUGGCGACAAAGACGGACAAGCGACAUGCUACAUAAACUUGGGAGCCGUCUCUCAAUCUGUCGGAGAAUAUGCCAAGGCUGAAGAACAUCUUCAUAAAGCACUUACCAUCAAGACAGAGACUGGCGACAAAGACGGACAAGCGACAUGCUACAUAAACCUAGGAAAAGCCAACAUUCUAACUGGUGAAUGUGCGAAGGCUCAAAAAUAUUUCCAGAAUGCUCUUCAAAUUAGCAGGGGGAUUGGAAACAUGGAGUUGCAAUAUCAUGCUUUUAUUUUCCUACAUUUUUGUGUUUUAUCAUUAAAAGGAAACGCAUCUGAAGCCUUAUCCAAUCUCUUUGGAAGUAUUCAAAUUUGCGAAAAAACGCUUAGUUGUCUAGGAAACAAAGAUCGUCGCAAGAUAUCAUUUUUUGACAACCACGCCUAUCCCUAUCGGUUGUUUACUUCAUUGAGUUGUUCUUGUGGGAAACCCUAUGAAGCUUUACAUGUUGCUGAACUUGGACGUGCCAAAGCUCUAGCAGAUCUUAUGUCAAAUCGGUACUCCAUUGAAAAAGAGUUAUCUAUCAACACACAAUCGUUUGUUGGCAUUCAGGAAGUAAUCACUAAGAAAAAUGGCAACAGCACCUGCCUAUACAUCGCCUACCACUCUGAUGAUAUAUUUUUGUGGAUUUUGAAACAAAGCAAACCGGUAGCUUUCCGAAGAACGAAACUUUGUGAAAGCUACGGUAGCAAACACGUCAAAAUCUCUGUGGAUGACCUCUUCUCUUCACACGCUAACCAACUUACAAACGAAUCAAAUCUGGAAGAUAGUCUCUCAUCCUUGCGUCUUUCUUUAGAUGAGGAAGAACAAAACACAGACCCUGAACCGCCAACACUUUUUCAGGUUUACAACAUGUUGAUUGCUCCCGUAAGUGACUUGCUAGAAGGAUCUGAAAUCAUUGUUGUUCCUGAUCGCUGCUUCUUCCAAGUUCCGUUUGCAGCGUUACAUGAUGCUGAAAGUAAUUGCUAUUUAUCAGAUUCUUUCAGGAUACGCAUUGUCCCUUCUUUGACGACUCUUAGGCUCAUUCUGGACAGUCCAGCGGACUCACACAGCGAAACUGGUGCAUUGAUUGUGGGUGAGCCAAGUGUGACGAAUGUGUAUUACAAGGGAGAGUUAUGGUACCUCUGUCCAUUGCCUGUCGCUAAAGCGGAAGCAGAGAUGAUUGCGAGACUACUACCUGAAUCUCACCUUUUAAUAGGAGAGCAAGCAACAAAGCAGGCAGUUCUUCAAAGAAUACCCUCAGCGAGUCUCGUGCAUUUCUCUGCUCAUGGUCACGCCGAAAGAGGAGAAAUUGCUCUUACCCCUCCCAACUCCACAAUAGGGAUUCCACAUGAAGCAGACUACUUACUGUCAAUGACCGACAUUUCACAAGUUAGACUGUCAGCCAAACUGGUGGUGCUUAGCUGUUCUCAUUCCGCACGUGGGCAGAUCAAUGCAGAAGGCGUUGUUGGAAUCGCUCGAGCAUUCUUAGCAUCGGGUGCACGCUCAGUGUUGGUGGCACUGUGGGCCUUAGAACACAGAGCAACACAGCAGUUCAUGAGAAGAUUCUACGAAAACCUUGUCCAAGGAGAAAGUGCAAGUGAAUGUCUUCACCGGGCCAUGAAGUGGAUGCGGAAUAACGGUUUCCCUGAAGUGAGGCAGUGGGCACCUUUCAUGCUGAUUGGGGAUGACGUUUCAUUUCACUUUGGUGAAGAAAAGUGAAGGUAAUUGCUCUCUGAUAAUUAGGGCCAUAGGAAGUCUGCCAGGUCUUUUUGUAUUGGAGUUUUAUCAACUUGGGUACAUUUGGUUCUUUUAAGUACUAAAUAAAAAACACUAUUUACCCGUAAAAGCCACAUUAUUGACUACACCUGAAGUCAGCUUUGUACUAUGACUGAGGUGAGAUAUCAGUCAACCGCUUUUUAACAUCAAAGAUUAACUAACCACCACAAUUAUUCGUCCAGACUGCUGUAUUUUAUCAGUCAAAAUUAUAACCCAUGCAUUUGAAAACUGAAAGAACACUAAAGCCCCGUAUCCCUACAGUAACACAAUGAUUUUUUAAAAGUCUUUUCUCUUUUUCCUGAUAUAUGAGGCACAAAUAAUUGAAUAUUCUUCUAUUUGCUACCGCUCAAUAUGAACGUGAGGGUUUGCUGACAAACUGUUUUCUCUCUUAAUAUAAUGGGAUGUGAAUUCCAGAUAUGAAACUAAAACAAACAGCCAAGUAGUUUUUUGUUAGAUAUAAGGAUAAUCGGAAUAAAAAUGUUAUGGCGGAGAUCUAGAUCUGGGAAUUGAUCGAAAACACUGAAAACUACAAAUUGUAGACUGUGUAUGGAGUCUUGACUGAAACUAGAGGGCUUUUUGCCGACACUAACUAAAGUACAGCAGUACACUGGUUCUUAACUUGGACCAAAGAGGGACGACCGAGAUUCCAAAGGUCACCAAGGCAAAAAGUUUCAAACCUAUUUUAGCUGUGCACCCUGCUUUUCAUUUAUGAUGCCAAUAACGGGAAAGUUUUAGCGGUGAGAUAAACUUAAAUAAGUAGACUUCUUCCGUCACGAUAAAGCCGGAGGAUCCCUCUUCCAUGUGGAAUGAACCUGAAUGCCACUUACCCCAGCUGGAGUCUUUUGAAAUGAAUAUAUGUGUUUUACUAAUUUUUUUGUUUCUCAUACAUUACUGUUGCAGGUGUUACACUAACGACACACCAGGGAAUAACGAAACAGCCUUUCCGCAGAAUUCCAAUGAGGUAGUCCUUAGCGGAAAAUGUAGAGAGUUAACCUCUGCAGCAUACGAACAUAUCCCAGACUUGAAGAAUUAA